AAGAAGAGUUCAACGUAGGACACAACUGUCUAUGGACACAAGCUAUGUGUCAAAAUAUUGGUAUAUUAGUGCUUCUUCCAAACGUUUCAUCUGAUCUGAAGGUUAGAGCUCGACAAAAUUGAAAGACUAGCCUACAGGCGUGGGAGUUGGGCUUGAAUGCAGAAGACAGUUGCUGUCCUAGGGGGAGGGAUAGGGGGCCUGUCUGCCUGCUAUCACCUCAGUAAGAGUCCCCAGGUCUCCAAGGUUGUGCUGUUGGAGGGCAGUGGACGUUGUGGAGGCUGGCUAAGCUCCACGCGCAGAGAGGAUGGGGCAGUGUUUGAGCAGGGGCCGCGAGCGGUCCGCCCUGCAGGAGCAGUGGGGAAGAAUACACUCAACAUGGUGUCUGAGCUGGGACUAGAGAGCGAAGUGCUCCCUGUCACUUACGACCAUGUGGCCUCCAAAAACCGCUACCUCUAUGUGGGGGGACAGCUCCACAAGAUGCCAUCUAGUCUGGGAGUGCGGCUGGGAGUUGGCCCAACAGUGACCCCAUCCGACCUGGCGACGCGGUCCGCCAAGGAGUCAUGGGCUCAGUGGUCUUUGCGAAGAGGCAUGCAGAUGCUUCCGGAAGCUCUUGAAGAUUUCCUGAAGAGGAAAGACAAUGUGGAAUUGCACACACAGUCGGUGCAGACACUGAAUGCUACUGGCACUGGCUGGGAGAUUAAGCUUGAAGAUGGAGCCACUGUGAAGGCUGAUCAUGUCAUUUCAGCAUUGCCUGCCAAUUCCCUGGCCUCGAUACUUCCCCCUGCUGCUCAACCCCUGUCACAACAGCUACAAGGGAUCUCCUCGGUGACAGUGGCCGUGGUGAAUCUGGAGUAUGAGGGUUCCGUCCUGCCAGUCACGGGCUUUGGGCACUUGGUCCCUUCCUCAGAGGACCGUGGGCUGUUGGGGGUGGUGUACGACUCCGUUCCCUUCCCACAACAUAACCGCUCUGGAGUCCCAUCCACCAGACUCACGGUGAUGAUGGGAGGAGCAUGGUUCCACGAAGUGUUCGGCGACCCCGAGAGCGUGUCGAAAGAGAGGCUGCUGGAGAGAGCGACCCAGGCUGUGACCGCUCACCUUGGGGUCACGGCGGUCCCUAUCUGGAGUCUUGUGGCUCUGCUUAAGGACUGCAUUCCUCAAUAUCAUCUUGGACAUUGGAAGCGACUAGAGACCAUGAGGACGUACAUCAGUGACCACAACCUCCCUCUGACGCUGGCAGGGGCCUCGUAUGACGGAGUCUCAGUCAAUGACGUCAUCUUCAGUGGACAAACAGCAGCAGAGAGUCUGGUGGGGGUAGUAUAAGUGUGUAAGAGCGCCUUUGUGCAUUUAUGAUUUAAGUUUGCUUUUUUACUUAAGCUUUUUUUUGCUUAGUUUACAUUUGUUUUUUGCUAUGACAAUUUAAAAAAUAUAUAAUUUAAUGCUAUACAGGAAGAUGACAAUGUUGACAAUUUUAAAUCUCCAUAGCAUAAAUAAUGGAAAUCUUACAUUUUGCCUUCAGUUUUCAACAAAUCGUUAUCAGCUUUUCAUUUGAUUUAUUAGAGUGUGAAAAAUAACAAGUUUGUCUCUCCCUUUUUAAUCACCACUGAACUAAUUUUGUUCAAGUUUAAGCACACUAUCAAUAUAAAAUUCUUUAUGUCUGUAUUUCCCAUUGUUGUCCCUGUUCCUUGUGAUAAUGGAUCAGAAACACACUUUGCAUUUAGCAAAGUAACAUUCAUGAGUAUGGCUGUGAAUGUGUUUGAGUGUGCCUUUCUACAGUUGUGAAUGUGACAUUGCUUACUGAAUGUGGCAUUUGGCAUCUGGUGGCGUUCAUGCUCCAUGCGGGGGCAUCGCCGCCAAGGUGGCCCAUUCGCUCCGAGCUUGUCCAAGCCGGCAGCUAGAACAGCAGCCCUUUGAAGCCUGGCUGUCCCUAAGCCUCCCUCACUGUGAGUGCUGACCGCCCGUAUGAAGAGACUGGUUCAGGUAGAACAGUAGUCUUCCUGAGAGUGUGCUUAGCAAUCAUUCAAAUGUGACCAUAUUUAGAGUUUAUGGAGAAAUUACAUCUUUAUUUAUUCAAUACAAUUUGAUCAUAAUUAUGUAUUUUUUUACAUAGAUCUUUGUUUUGGCAAGCUGAGAAAUUAAUAAAUGGUUUUGCUAUGCCGUUGUGCUCUGUGACAGUAAAUCUGUUUUUAUAUUUGUGAUGGUUCGAGCAGGAGAAUUAAAGGAAAUGUCAUUCUUGUGGUGUGAUGGUUCGGGCAGGAGAAUUAAAGGAAUAUGUCAUUCUU